UGGAGUUUUGCUUGGUGCUGACUCUCAGCAACUAAGAGUGCUAUUUCCUCUCAUUGUCGAGUGGUCGUGAGCAGGAAGUCGGAAACGAAAGCAAAGCCAGGGGGCAGGGCUAUUUAAAAAUACCUGCACAAUAACGGGGACCAUAGCUUCACUAGGAGGCUGUGCAAACAACAUGAAAAGUAGAAUAGCCAUAAGCAUUGGCUACGACUCUUAACUUGGAUCACCCAUAAGUCUCCUAUUACCUUGGGAUAAUUUAACGAACUCUUCGCCGCGACGACUUCUGACAGCUCUACACAUUAGAACUAGAGGAUCUAAUUUUAGAUCCAGUCAUCUUUUGCAGAUCUCUUUCAUAGCCUAAAAGCUAUAUAUUUCUGUUCAUUUUGAUGUAUUAGAACGAUUGUCGCCAAAAUGAAGAAAAACCACUUUCAUUCCUUGCUGUCGAACACGCUACAUGCUAAAUAAUAUUGCGGCAGCAGGUGUGUUUUUGCGCAUCGUUCAUCCCUGUUUAUAGCGUAGCCUACCUUCUUUCUUUGACAGACUAUUGCGUUGACUGGAAUUUCAGUUAUAAGCACCACGGACGAGAACGCAACGGACAUUCUCUAAAGUGCUGACAACAAAUGCAUCUCACCCUGGUUUCUGUAACAACGUGGGCUGAUAGCUAAAUGUAAAAUGGCAUCUACAAUUGAAAGGAAGACGCUGGAAGCUAACGAGGAACCUGUGGAUGAGGUCCUUCAGAUGCCUCCGUCACUGUUGACGUGUGGCGGUUGUCAGCAAAGCAUUGGAGACCGCUUUUUCUUGAAGGCUAUAGAGCAGUACUGGCAUGAGGACUGCCUGAGUUGUGACCUCUGUGGCUGCAGGCUGGGGGAGGUGGGACGCAGGCUUUACUACAAACUGGGAAGGAAGCUGUGUAGGAGAGACUAUCUCAGACUCUUUGGUCAGGAUGGACUCUGCGCUUCCUGUGAGAAGAGAAUCCGUGCCUUUGAGAUGACAAUGCGCGUGCGCGAUAAAGUGUAUCAUCUGGAGUGCUUCAAAUGUGCUGCCUGUCAGAAGCAUUUCUGUGUGGGAGACCGCUACUUGCUCAUCAACUCGGACAUUGUGUGUGAGCAGGACAUAUUUGAGUGGACCAAACUCAAUGGCAACUUGGUGUAGUGUUCUUAGAAGACUCAGAAAGCUCUUGAUUUUGCCAGAAUCUACAAUGGCUAUUUUAUCAAACAAUCAAAUAACGAUGAACAAAAUGCAGCCCUGCAGCAUCUUGGCUGAAGGAUAUUGCUGAGGAAGUAUAUAGCUGUUCUCAACCCAGUCUCUUCCUUCAGUCCACUAGCAUUUAGCCAAGAAUGCUAAUGCAUUUUUCUAAUGUUAAUCUUUUUAUCUUAGGAAAGCAAAAUCAAAUGUUUUUUGAUGUAUGAAGGCAAUAAUAGCUUUUUUUGUUUUGCUACUUUUGUACAUAGUCAUUCACAAAUUUGGACAACAAAACACUGUUUAUUGUAAAAUCAGACAUUUUCCAAAGAUAUGUGGAUUAAUUUUUAGAAUAAUAAACAAAUAAUGACA